AGCUGCCUCCUGACACUCAUACCUGACACUCAGACACUCUUAUCUACAAAGAAUAGCAAAAAUAUCCAGGUCAGCAAUGGGCUUUACAAAGAGUAACGUAAUUUAAUGGAGACAUUUUAUAGUUUAAUUAGUCUAUACACCUUAAAAUGGCUGAAUUAAUCAUGUCUUUCACAUGACACAUCUGUAUUUGAACUUAAAUUCCAGGUCACUAAACUAACUGAACAGAAACUAUAUUUUUGAGAUUUUUGUUCCAGCGUUCCACAACCCCUCUUUAGUUGAAAACUGGUUAGAACAAAAGAAAAGAAUGCUUAAUAAUUUUACAUCUAGUGAAUAAAACUGCAUAACUGACAUUAUUAGACUGUACAGCUGAGCAUAUUUUUUUGACAAUUCAUUCUUAAAGUCAGUAGAUAUUUUUCAAGAUUGUCCCUAAAAAUUCGGCCCUUUCAUAAAUUAAGUGCGGUCACAUCCCCAAACAACCUAGUACAAGCUAGCGUACUAGCUAACUUAAUGUAAAUUGAAAGUAGUAGUAAAUGUUGAUAGUCAGUGACACGCUAGCUAGUUAGCAGUUAGCUAGGUGUGACGGAAGGUAGGCCUACACUUCACGAUCAGCCAAGAACAUGGAGUGAGAUUACAGGUAAAGGAAUCUCAAUAUUUCAAUAUUAAGAUAGUGAUCAUGCACUAAAGAAAUGCCAUGAUUUAAUUUAGUAUUGAAGCUACAUGUAUGUGGGUCAUUGAGACAAUCAUUUUGAACGCGUUCACCCUUUUGUGAGACUGAAGGUAUCACUUUCACAACAUUUGAGUUAUUAUUGUUAAAAGUAAUGCAAUUCAUGCUUUUCUUUUGAGAUACACUCACCAACCAAAUUAUUAGGAACCCCAUUCUAAAACUGGGUAAAAUGUGUGAUCUGAGAUGCUGAGAUGCUUUUCUGCUCACCACAGUUGUAAAGAGUGAUUAUUUGAGUUACUGUAGACUUCCUGUCAGCUCAGACCAGUCUUAGCCAUUCUCCUCUGACUUCUCUCAGCGACAAGCCCACAGAACUGCUGUUCAAAGGAUGUUUUUUUGUUUUUCGCACCAUUCUGUGUAAACUCUAGAGACUGUUGUGUGUGAAAAUCUCAAGAGAUCAGCACUUUCUGAAAUACUCAAACCAGCCCAUCUGCCACCAACAACCAUGCCAUGGUUAAGUCACUGAGAUCACUUUCCCCCAUUCUGCUGGUUGGUGUAAACAUUACCUGAAACUCUUGUCCUGUAUCUGCAUGGUUUUAUGCAUUGAGCUCUCUCCAUGUGACUAGAUGUUUAGAUAUUUGCAUGAUGUAUAGAGCAGAUGUAUAGGGCUUUCUAAUAAAUUGGUUGGUAAAUGUACAUUACAGUAGGAGGUUAGUGGCUGGGGUGGGUGUGAGAUUCCCAGCUUGAAUUUUUGUCCCGGCCCUUCUUACUGGCCACUUAAAUAGCAGCAUAAUUCAUAAAAUUAUGAUAUGCAGCAAGAGCUUCAGUUAAUGUUCAUCAGAAAAGAAACAUCAGAAAAAUACUAAAAGUGAGAUCUGACAUUUGAACAAGUAUAGCUGACAUCAAGUUUUUCAACUAUUACUAAUAUCUUAACAUAUCUAAUACUUUAAUGAUAUAACCGUUUUUGCUACAUGGAUUUUUUUUUUUAUUAAUUUGUCUUAUUCAUGUUAUUUUAAGGGGGAAAAUAACUUGCUCACAUUAAAAAUGUCAUGUGACUAGCUUGAAUGUCAAUCAUUAUUAUUUGAGCAGUAGAUGGGAAUCGUUUUGCAUUGUGAACACAGUACUUAACCCCUGUGCACUCGAGGAAACUUUACGCCCCUGUUGUGUGGUGUCUGAGGAACGUAAAUAAUGGCCCCCUGUGUUAGGAGGUGGAGUUUACAACACUGGUUCCAUCUUAUUGUGUGCAGACAGAGCUUUCACCUCCCAAGAGAACAUGAUGCAAGAGACUUUUAAGCCUGCUGCAACUACAAAAAAGCGAAUCUCCAACCGAGCAGUGAAGAAAGAGACGUCAUCACUCAGUACAAGACCUCAACAGGCAGAGGACCUUGUGAAAGAACGCCUUAUGCUCCACCAGUCUGUGCCAGAUCAGCGCUUCCCCAGCGGUCUGGUGCUCUCCCUGAUGAAGCGCCUGGUGGAUGAGAGACUCGGUGCCAUGGAGUACAGCCCGGCAUGUUCGGCCGUGGCCACCGAGCUGUCCGAAUCCAUUAAAGAGGCAGCGAAAAGCCUCUCCAAUGGACGCUAUAAACUCAUCUGCUGUGUUGCCAUCGGGCAGCUCCGCAAUUCUGCUGUUUCCUGCUCGAGCCGAGGCAUCUGGAGUCCAGACACAGACACCUUCACAGAGUACCUGUUCAAAAACCAGCAUCUGUUUGCGCUGUGUGUUCUCUUCGCUGUGUACCAAGAGUAGGCAAUGUCAAUUCCUGAAUUAUUGUUACCUUUCAAGAUAAUAGAUAUAAUUUACAAAUGACAAAUUUCUGCUCUAACAAC